AUGUCUCUUUCACACUUCAGCACUCCUCAAUGUUGCAUUUUUACAACUUCAGAUUCUGCUACGAUUGCAUCAAUGCCAAAAAAGAAUAACAAUACACUUUUGCGUUUGGAAGACACUAAAGAAAGAAUCAAGAAAAUGUUCAACAAGGUUGAACUUUCAGUUUCUUCAUAUGAUACUGCUUUUGUGGCAAUGAUUCCUUCUUCAAUGUCGCAUCACGCCCCCUUUUUUCCUCAAUGUUUGAAUUGGUUGCUAGAUAACCAACUUGUUGAUGGUUCUUGGGGCCUUCCGGAUCGCCAUCCAUUGUUGAAGAAUGAUGUUCUUUUGUCUACAUUAGCAUGUAUCCUUGCGUUAAAGCAAUGGGGUAUUGGUGAAGAUAAGAUGAAUAAGGGACUUGAAUUUAUUGAGUUAAACUUUAGUUCAAUCAUCAACGAUGAGAAGCAACACCUUCCCAUAGGAUUUGAUAUACUUUUUACUUCAAUGAUUGAAUAUGCACAAACUUUGGGCAUUAAUAUUGCACUUGGAGCAACAACAUUUGAAGCAAUGUUCCAGAAGAGGGACAAAGAGCUCCAAAGAGGCUUUGAAAGCGAUUCAGAAGGGUGGAAAGAAUAUUUAGCAUAUGUAUCAGAAGGAAUGUUGAACUCAUUGGACAUGAAUACAAUCAUCAAGUAUCAAAGAAAUAAUGGAUCUUUGUUCAAUUCACCAGCUACAACAGCAGCAGUUUUUCGUCAAUUUAACAAUGCUCACUGUCUUAGUUACCUCCAAUCAGUAUUACAAAAGUUUGGAAAUGCAGUUCCAACUGUUUAUCCUUUCGAUACAUAUGCCCGGCUUUAUAUGAUUGAUAGUCUCGAAAGAUUGGGGAUUAAUCGUCAUUUCAAAGACGAAAUUCAAAAUGUAUUGAAUGAAACAUACAGAUAUUGGCUACAAGGAGAAGAAGAUAUAUUUUUAGACCCAACAACCUGUGCAAUGGCAUUUCGAAUGUUGCGUCUCAAUGGUUAUGAUGUCUCUUCAGAUCCCUUUUAUCGAUAUUCAGAAGAUAAAUUUCCGCACUCGUUGAAAGGGUACUUGAAGGAUGCUAGUGCUGUUUUAGAGCUAUAUAAGGCCUCACAAGUCAUUAUACAUCCGGAUGAAUCAGUUUUAGUAAAACAAAGUUGUUGGACAAGAAAUCUUCUGAAUCAGGAUUCGUUUAGUUACCAAUUGUAUGCUGAUAAACUUGGUAUUUAUGUUGAUACAGAGAUCAAUGAUGUUCUUAAGUUUCCAUAUCACGCGGAUUUGGAGCGCUUAUUAAACAGAAGAUCGGUGGAGCAUUAUAAUGUAGACGAAACAAGGAUUUUAAAAACAUCAUACAGAUCCUGCAAUCUUGCAAACCAAGAAAUAUUGAAGCUAGGAAUUGAAGACUUCAAUCUUUGCCAAUCAAUACACAAUAAAGAGUUGAAACAACUUUCAAGGUGGGUUGUUGAAAGCAGACUAGACAAACUAGAAUUCGCAAGGCAGAAAAUGACAUAUUGUUACUUUUCCAGCGCGGCCACUUUUUUUUCGCCCGAACUUUCUGAUGCUCGCAUAUCUUGGGCCAAAAAUGCGGUGCUCACAACCGUUGUUGAUGAUUUCUUUGAUUUCUUUGGCUCUGAAAAAGAGCAACUGAGCCUUAUUCAACUAGUUGAGAAGUGGGAUGUAGAUGUCAAUACUAUUUGUUGUUCUGAGACGGUUAAGAUAAUAUUUUCUGCAGUUCGUAGCACAAUCUGUGAGAUUGGAGAGAAAUCUAUCGAGCGACAGGGACGCAAUGUGAAAGACAAUGUUAUCAAGAUUUGGUUAGAUUUGUUGAGGGCUAUGUUUACAGAAGCUGAGUGGUCGAGAACCAAGGCCAUCCCAACAAUGGAUGAUUAUAUGCAAGCUGCAUACGUAUCGUUUGCCUUAGGACCAGUUGUUAUUCCAGCACUCUAUCUUGUUGGACCUAAGCUUUCAGAUGAUAUUGCUGAAACUCAGGAAUUGAAUCAUCUCUUGAAGAUCACGAGCACUUGCGGGCGUCUUCUCAACGAUAUUCAAACUGUAAAGAAAGAAUCUGAGGAAGGGAAACUGAAUGCAGUGAGUUUGCAUAUGAUUCAUGGUAAUGGAGUUGUUACUUACGAAGAUGCGGUUGAUAAGAUGAAGGGUGUUAUUGAGGACGAGGGUCGAGAACUCCUCAGGUUAGUUUUGAAGGAAAAAGGAAGCUUAGUUCCAAGAGAAUGCAAGGAUUUGUUUUGGAAAAUGGUGAGAGUGUUAAACCUAGUUUACAUUAAGGAUGAUGGAUAUACUUCAAAUGAGCUUCCCUCUACUGUUAAUGCAGUGCUUAAAGAUCCAAUCAUUCUAAAUGAACUGUUGCUAGAUUCUAAAAGCAACACCCUCUCUCAAAACCACUAG